AUGACAAGCGAGAAAGAUGGGGGAAUCUCAGCCCUGAGCACCUUUCUCGGCCAGGAGCAGCCUGCCCCAGCGACUAACCAUGCAUCAGUCCCCAAUUUCCAGCAUACUACGCGGGAUUUCACCUCGACUUGCAGGAUUAUAGGGUGCUUUUUCAUUUUCUUCGUCACUUGGGGUGUCGCCUCCUCAUUCAGUGCAUACCAGGCCUUUUACCAGAAGGACCUGUUGGCCUCCCAUACACCCUCCGUCAUAUCAUGGAUUGGCACGGUGCAGGUGUCCCUGAUGGGCCUGACGGGGAUCAUCUCUGGGGCUCUCUAUGACCGAGGCUAUAUUCGAACGUUGUUGAUUGUCGGUGGCACAUUGGUCACGUUUGGAUUCAUGAUGCUCAGCCUGGCAAAGGAAUACUAUCAGGUCAUUUUGGCCCAGGGCGUCUGCAUUGGAUUCGGCAACGGAAUGCUGUACAUACCCUCGAUAGCUGUCAUCAGUCAGACCUUCACCGCCAAGCAACGACCACUUGCGAUCGGGGGAUCAUCGUCUGGAGCAGCCAUCGGCGGCAUUGUCCUGCCCAUCAUGUUCCGUCACUUACAGCCUCAGAUCGGCUUUGGAUGGACCAAUCGCAUCUUUGGCUUCAUCCUCCUCGGCAUGGUCAUAGCCACGUUCUUCCUGCUCCGCCCCGACCCAACGCAUAGGCGGCGCAAGGGACAAUUAUUCGACCCCUCGGCCCUCAAGGAGCCACCGUUCGUCGUUCUCUUGGUCGGCUUGUUCUUUGUCUUCCUAGGAUAUUGGAUCCCGCUGAUUUACAUUACACCAUACGCCCAGUUCUCCAUCAAAACGAACGUCUCGUACGCAUUUUAUCUGCUGGCCAUUCUGAACGCGGGGAGCUUCGCAGGCCGGAUCCUCCCUGCCUUCGUCGCACACAAACUCGGCCCGGCCUUUGUCCUAUCAGCCGGCAGUGUCAGUCUCGGAAUACUGAUCUUGGCCUGGAUCGGGAUCCACGACGUUGCCGGCGUCACCAUCUGGGCUAUCUUGGUGGGCUUCAUGGCUGGCAUUACGGUGGCGAUCCCCGCCGCCGUUGUGCCCCUGCUCUCACCAACACCAAGCGUGGUGGGGGCAAGGACCGGAAUGGCGUGGUCUGGCUCUGCCUUCGCAGGCUUGAUUGGUGGGCCCAUUGCUGGUGCCCUUGUCAACACGACGACGGACGAUUACGCACGCGGUCAAGCCUUUGGCGGCGCGGUCAGUUUAUUCGGCGGCUUGCUGCUAAUAUACCCUGCAGUCACCAUUGCGAGGGGGAACAAGCGCUAUCAAAAACCCAAACCACCGAUGCAUGAUAUCGAGAUUACUUCUCCACCGGUGGUCGGCGACAACGUGGCAUCCGCGUGA